CCUGCCGCAGCGAGGCGGCGUCGCGGCUCGGUUAAGCGCCAGCCGGAGGCCCCCUGGCCUGGAGCGAGCGGGCCGGAGGGAUUGCGGCGACCCUCCCGGCGAGCGGGGCAAUGGCAGCAGCCGGGGGAGGCUUUGGCGGCAGCAAGAAACUGGUGGAAAUCUUCUAUGACGUGGCCUCCCCCUACUCCUGGCUCGGAUUCGAGGUGCUUUGCCGGUACCGGCACAACUGGAGCAUUGAGUUGCGUUUUCGUCCUGCUUUCCUUGGAGGCAUAAUGAAGGAGACUGGUAACCAGCCCCCAGCGAUGGUGCCCAAACGUGGGGAAUACAUGAUGAAGGAUAUAAAGAGGAUGGCAAAAUAUUACCAGGUCCCACUGCAGAUCCCCAAGGAUUUUUUUGGAAGUGUUAUCAGAAAAAGCAGCCUUUUUGCCAUGCGCUUUAUCACAGCCACGGAUAUGACACAGCCACAGUUCCUGGAGCCCGUGUCCAGAGAGCUCUGGAUGCGCAUCUGGUCCCGGGAUGAAGAUAUCACCCAACCAGAGAGUAUAUUGGCAGCUGCAGGGGAGGCUGGGUUACCCUCUGCGCUGGCCCAGAAGCUACUGGCAAUGACCUCGACCCCUGAGGUGAAGAAUCGCCUGAAGGCGACAACAGAAGAGGCACUGAAAUAUGGGGCAUUUGGAAUGCCAGCAGUUGUGGCCCAUAUUAAUGGUGAAUCUCACCUCUUCUUUGGUUCUGAUCGUUUAGAGCUCCUGGGCAAUGUUAUAGGAGAGAAAUGGCUGGGACCAGUUCCUGCAGCUUCAAAACCCAGAAUGUGAGAAAUCCAGGUGCAAUAUGAAACAACCAGAAAAUAAGUUACUAAAAUUCAAAUGAAGUAGUAAUGUCCAUGCCUGAGACAUGGCAUCUAGGGUCCCAGAGGGUCUGAGAGGAGAGCAGUGAUGUUUCCCUGGAAUCCUCUGUCAGGAGAAUAAUCAGGACUCUAGUUCUACUGAGCCUAGAGCUCUGUGAUAGACUGGAGACUGAUUUUUCACUUUUUUCACCAUACAGAUAGAUUUUUUUCCCGGGGAGGAUGGGGACGUGGUGACACUUUGGUGAGUGAAAUGUUAAUACAGGGUCAUGGGCAAUGGCAGAGCUCUGGCUGGCUGAUAAGGAUGAUUGAAAUCUUGUUUCACUAAUGGUCUGCAGUCUGAAAGUGCGCUGCUGAGAACAACUCAAUUUGUUUCAUCCUGUGAAGUGUAAAUGCUUGUCAGGUUUUUGUCUCAAUUUACCCAAAGUGGGCAGUAUUUGGUGAUCAGUGGGAACUGCUAGGGGAACUACAGCUGUAAGUUUUAUAUAUUCAAACUCUCUAGACCUGGCUGCAGGAAAUCGUUUUCAGGCUGAGAGCUCAGAGCAGGGUUUGAGUCCUGUCUGUACCAGUACCUUGCGGCUCAGUCUGUAUUGCCAGUCCAUUGCCUCAUUAUCCCUGCAUUGCUGUGCACUUGAAUGCCUCUCAUGUGGUUGUCGUAUAAUGUAAUUCUUUCUCUCAUAUUAUCUGAAUCCCUCACUGAAUAAAUUUCAUCUGAUUGUUA